UUAGUAUGCCAACAUCUCUAACAGACCAAAGGGCAGAAGGCCAGCAGUCACUCGCUCUGAGACGCUGAAAAGAACAGCUUUAGUUAUAGCGAGAUUUACUUUGAGCUGUCUACGAACAUUUACUAUCUGACCAAAUGGCAACCACAGAGCUCUACACAAAGGGGGCAUGUGUGUGGGUGCCAGACCCAGAAGCUGUGUGGGUGUCUGCACAACUGCUUCGAGACUACAGUCCUGGAGACCAGCAGAUCUCAAUCCAGCUACCUGAUGGCAGAGAGAUGGAGUAUCCAGUCUUGCCUCCGGCUGGUCUUCCACCUCUUGGUAACCCUGAUAUUUUGGAGGGAGAAAAUGACCUCACAGCCCUGACUUUUCUCCACGAGCCAGCCGUACUUCACAACUUGCGUGUGCGCUUUCUCGACUACAGUAGUAUCUAUACUUACUGCGGGAUCGUGUUGGUGGCAUUAAAUCCAUACGAGCCGUUGCCCAUUUAUGGAGAAGAGGUGAUUGACGCUUACAGCGGACAGGACAUGGCUGAUAUGGAGCCCCACAUUUUUUCUGUGGCUGAAGAGGCGUACCGAACGAUGAUCAGGGAGGAGAAAAACCAGUCCAUCAUAAUCAGUGGAGAAUCAGGCUCAGGUAAAACUGUAUCUGCUAAAUUCACCAUGCGCUACUUUGCUGUUGUGGGUGGUGCGGCCCAACAGACCAGUGUGGAGGAGAAAGUCCUGGCAUCCAAUCCCAUCAUGGAGGCAAUUGGUAAUGCAAAAACAACUCGCAAUGACAACAGCAGCCGUUUUGGGAAAUAUAUUGAGAUCGGAUUUGGAUGUAAAGGGGACAUUAUUGGGGCAAACAUGAGGACCUACUUGCUGGAGAAAUCAAGAGUCGUCUUUCAGGCAGCUGACGAGAGAAAUUACCACAUCUUCUACCAGCUUUGUGCUUCCAGAGAUUUGCCAGAGCUGAGGACACUUAGACUUGAUUCUGCAGAGAAUUUCCAUUACACCAACCAAGGACAAGAUGUGCACAUUUCGGGUACAGAUGAUGUAGUCGAGCUAGAGCGGACAAGAAAUGCCUUUACUAUACUUGGAGUGCAAACAGACCAGCAGAUGGAGAUAUUUCGUAUCCUGGCAGCUAUUCUUCACUUGGGGAAUGUCAACAUACAAGCCAGCGGUCGUGGUGGGGACCGCAGCUACAUUGAUGGCGAUGACCGUUCCUUGGCAGUCUUUGCCAAGCUUUUGAGGGUGGAAGGUGCUCAGAUGGCCCAAUGGCUAUGCCACAGGAGACUAGCAGUGGGUGGGGAAAUGCUUGUAAAGCCCAUGACUGGCCAACAGGCAAAUGAGGCACGGGAUGCUCUGGCUAAGCAUGUGUACGAGCAACUGUUCACAUGGACAGUGCAGAGGCUCAACUCAUCCUUACGAGCACACCGGGAAAAGCCUAAAUCUUUCACAGGAGUCCUUGAUAUCUAUGGGUUUGAGACUUUCGACAGAAAUAGUUUUGAGCAAUUCUGUAUCAACUAUGCAAAUGAGAAACUUCAGCAGCAAUUCAACAGACAUGUGUUUCAGCUGGAGCAGGAGGAGUACCUGCGAGAGGAGCUUCCCUGGAACCGUAUUGAAUUCAGUGAUAAUCAGCCAUGCAUUGCACUCAUUGAAGGCCAGCUGGGCCUACUUGAUCUUCUGGAUGAAGAAUGCAGAAUGCCAAAAGGUUCAGAUGACAACUGGGCUCGAAAGCUUUAUGACCAGCACCUAAACCACAGCCCUCAUUUUCUUAAACCACGCAUGUCCAACUCUGCAUUCAUUAUUGUGCAUUUUGCUGAUAAGGUUCAGUACGAGUGUGAUGGCUUUUUGGACAAGAACCGAGACACUGUAUUUGAGGAGCCCAUCAAUAUACUGAGAGCUAGUCAGUCAGAACUAGUUGCAGAGUUGUUCCAGAAAGAGUCAGCAGGGGGAUGUCUUCCUAACUCCACUCUUGCAAAUGGAAGCGUACGUUCAGGGAAAAGAGCUCACAGAGAGCACAAAUUAACUGUGGGCUUUCAGUUUCGCCAAUCCCUGCAACUUUUAAUGGACACCUUGAACAGCACUACCCCUCAUUAUGUUCGCUGCAUAAAGUCCAAUGACCUCAAAAAGCCCUUUCUAUUUGAUCCCAAGCGAGCUGUGCAGCAGCUGCGAGCAUGUGGAGUCUUAGAGACCAUCCAAAUUAGUGCCGCAGGCUACCCUUCCAGGCAAGUUUACUUAUUACUUCAACCAAAUUCUAGGUGGACAUAUGAGGAGUUCUUCGCCCGUUACCGGGUGCUGCUACAAGGUUUUGUUUCUCAGGAUGAUGUGCGCCAUUCCUGUCAGAGCACCCUUCCUGAUCUUAUCCCUGAUCCGGAGCAAUACUGCUUUGGCAAGACCAAGGUUUUCUUCCGGGCUGGGCAAGUAGCGGUUCUGGAGAAGCUUAGAGGAGAUCGGCUACAUGCAGCAGGGGUUUUGAUCCAAAGCUGGGUGAGAGGAUGGCAACAGCGUAGGCAUUAUCAGCGGCUCCGGCAGGCCACAUCUAUCCUGCAGCGGUACACCAGAGGAACCCUGGCCCGAAGGUUGGCGUGGACCCUUCGUUAUACACGUGCUGCUUUAAUCAUCCAGAAAACAUACCGCAUGCUGGCUGUGCGACAGCUUUAUCUGACCAUCAGAGGGGCCACCAUUAAAAUCCAGGCCUUCAUCAGAGGAACCAAGGCUCGUCGCAUUUAUUCACAGAUGCUGACAGAGCGGGCAGUGGUGAUCUUACAGGCACGGGUGCGAGGAUGGCUGGCCCGGAGCAGCUACAGGCGCAUUAGAGGCGCAGUGGUGCUCAUGCAGUGUUGUGUUCGUAGAAGAGCAGCACGUAGAGAGCUGCUGCGUUUGCGUGCUGACGCUCGAUCUGUGGAGAAGUACAGAGAACUUAAUAAAGGCAUGGAAGUCAAACUCAUGCAGCUGCAGCUUCGAGCCGACCAACAGGCAAGAGAAAGCGCAUCCCUGAGGGAAACUCUUCAGACCGAGCGUGACGCUCACACCUCAGAGCUGGAGAAUCUGCACUCCAGCCUUCUCAAACUGCAGAACCAGCUGAAGGAGAGCAUAAACACAGCUCCUUUAGUCAGCCAAAAACAGGAGGAGGAGUGGAGGAGAGCUGAGGAGAAGGCCAAACAGGAGAUUCUCCAGCUAACACAGGAAAUCCAAGCUCUGAGAGUUGACAGAGACUCUCUGCAGAAAGAGAGAGAUAGUUUGGCUAUUCGUUUACAGGAUCAGGAAAAAGCUCAGGAGGAGCGUAGGCAGCAGUCUGUAGAUCAGGCAGAUGCUUCAGUGCGAGCAGAGCUGGAAGAGGAGAGAAGGAGAUACCAGAGUUUACUGAGAGAGUUUACAAGACUAGAGCAAAGAUACGACAACCUCAGAGACAUGAGCUUAUUCACCACAAAUGAGCGUGCACGUGGACAUCGACGAACAGAUUCCACCGUGUCUUUAGAACCUCCUUCACUCGUCACAUCACCGUUCUCCAGCUCACCCGUCUUCCCUUCACCCGAACAGGUCAGGAGGAUCAGCGUAACAUCACCCUCCGACAGGGGACGCUGGAGCCAAGAACAUCCUCUGAGCAUGCUGAUGGAGGAUAUGAGUGUUGCAAAGGAUGCAGCUGAGAGGAUGAAGAGCGAGGAUUUCAGACAUGCCUACGAUGCUGUUCGUGUGGCCAACAAGUUUCUAGAGACGCAGCUGUUGUCUCAGAGAGCGCAGUGGGAGCAGGAGAUUUCAGCUCUCAGGACGAAUCUUCAGCAGCUACAAGACAGAGACACGCCUGGAGAUCCUGACAAAAAUGAUCUAUUGGAGCAGGUGAUGGUUCGAGAGCAGGAAUGUGUCCGAUUGCGGCGUGAGCUUAAGGAGCUGAAACAUACCGUGAGCCUCAGGAGAAUUCUGUCUUAUUCAGGUCUAGUCGUGGCCGAGUCUCAGGACCCAACAUCUCCUUCUUCUCAGCGGAACCAGACGAUCACUGGACUGCUGGAGUGCAGGAAAAAAGAUGAGAGCAAACUGAUCAAACACCUCAUAACAGACGUGCGAGCAGAGAGCGUCUUGUCUUCAUCUCCUGGACUAGCGGCUCGGGUUUUGUUUCUGUGUGUGCGUCAGGUGGACUGCAGCGGAGAUCAGGCACGGGUCAAGGGACUUUGCAGUGCUGUUGUGACCGGCAUUAAAACUGCCCUGAAGAAACAUGGCAAUGAUCUGGACAUGACGGCUGUGUGGCUGAAGAACUCGUAUGUGCUCAGAGACUUGCUGCUCCAGCACUCUCCCCGACAGGAGUCGAGGGGUUCAGAGGAUCUGCUUCCUCUAGUGACGGAUGUGCAGGAGUUUGUUCGAGCUCUCAGUGAUCUGUGCAUUCAGUCCUAUCAGCAGCUGCUGUCCAUCUCCGAGAGCCGCCUGCAGCCCAUCAUCAUCCCGGCGAUGCUGGAGAGUGAGAUGAUUCCUGGUCUGGCUGGAUCCUCAGUAAAGCUGAGCGCUGCUCGUAAGCGGGCCGGUUCAGAUCCGCGUCCUCCAGGCGGUUCAGAAGGAGUCAGUAUGUCCUCAGUCCUGCGGGAGCUUUCGGCCCUUCACACGGCCUUGUCCCGUCAACACCUGCCCUCCGUCCUGCAGGAACAGGCCUUUCACCAGCUCGUGUACCUGCUGUCCGCAUCCACCCUCAACAGUCUGCUGCUGCGCAAGGACAUGUGCUGCUGGAGCCGAGGCCUGCAGAUCCGGUAUAAUGUGAGCGUGCUGGAGGAGUGGCUGCGGGCUCGUUCUCUUCAGACAGGAGGCGCUGUGGGGACUCUGGAGCCGCUGAUACAGGCCGCACAGCUCCUGCAGAUGAGCAAGAAGACUGAAGCGGACGCACAGGCCAUGGUUCAAGCCUGCAGCGCACUGACUAACCAGCAGAUGGUGAAGAUCUUGAGUCUGUACACACCUCAGAGUGAUCUGGAGGAGCGAGUGACGCUCAACUUCAUCCGUCUGGUUCAGGCUCUGCUGAAGGGCCGCUCGGAAGGUCCUCCUCAGCUGCUGCUGGACGUCCGGCGUGUGUUUCCUGUCACCUUCCCUCAUGAUCCUCCAGCGCAGGUCACCGCAGAGCAGAUGCAGAUCCCUGAGGCCCUCAAGAUCAACUUCCUGCGCAGAGUCUGAACACACUGCUCCUACACCGCACACACACACACGUCUUUCUGCUUUGAUCAAUCAGGAAAGGCACUUUUACUUGUUAUUCCAGCAUUUCUUUUAUGUUGUGUUGGGAUCUUAUUUUAGAAGAUUUAUUUUUAGCUUUUUGAUAUUCUCAACGUGUUACUCCCUUAUUAAUAAUAGUAAUAAUAAUAAUAAUAAUAAUAGUAAAAUACAUUUAAAGCAUAACUAUUUUACACUUGCUAUUCGGGCAGAAAUAAAAUGUAAUUUUGUCUUGUUGUACUACACUUGUUUGAAUUUUUUUCAACAUUUUUUAAAACAAUAAAUAAAUAAUUUGUUUUUAAAUGAAAUGUAAUUAUUUUUAAGCCUUUUAUAUUUGCACUUUGAUAUUUUUAUGAAGGGGACACAUAUUAGUUGGAUUACAAAGUCAUGAUUAUUUGAUCAAUCUCUCUUAGAAAUGUUUCAACUAAUAAUAAAUCAGUAUCUCUAAAGUUUUAUAAUCAUGUUGCGCAUGUACAUUUUCUUAAUAAAUAUUAUGUAUAGUAACAAUUGAAAUAUAAUUGAGUUCUGCAUCUACAGUUCAGUUUAUUUGUGCAUUUCAGUUUUUAUAUCAGUUUUAAAUAUUAACUAUACACCUUAAAUGACAAACACAUUUUAAAAGGUUACAUACACAACAAUGUAGAAAAAGUGUGUGUGUGUGUGUGUGUGUAUCCUUCCAUCCAUCC